ACAUGCUCCUCCAGGAAUAUGGACGCCUCUCAUGUCGAGUUAUGUAUCGCUUUGUUAUUUUAUCUAAUCACCCCUGGAUCAUCAACUUGUGUGACCGGUUGCUCCUGUACAGAUGACAACUUGGGCAGGACUUUACUAUGUAUGGAAACCACCAUGGGACGAAUCCCAGACAACAUCCCACAGGAUUUCACCAAAAUCCGAAUAGAAAACUGCCACCUGACCGAGUUACCGCGAGGAUCUUUCUCUAAAGUUAGUGCCUUGGAGCUCCUCUGGUUGAAUUUUAACGAGAUCACCCUGAUGAACAUCAAAAGCCUGGAGGGGCUGGCCAACCUGACUGAGCUCAGGCUGCAAGGGAACAAGCUGACUUCAGUAACAUGGACGGCAUUUCAGGACACGCCGAAACUGAAGAUUUUGGACCUGAAGCACAAUCAACUGGAUGUUCUGCCUGAACACGCUCUGAGAUACUUACCUGCCCUGAUCUACUUAGAUUUAUCCUUCAAUCAGCUUACUGUCAUAUCAAAAGAUGUCUUCACUAAUUGGCCUCUUUAUCAAACGGCAGCCAAAGCGUGGGGGAAAGAAGGGCUGGUCUCCAAUGUGGUUCUUGCGCUGCACGACAACCCCUGGUUGUGCGAUUGCCGCCUCAAAGGCUUUGUUGAAUUCAUCAGGGCGGUCAGCCCUCCCAUCAUUCUCAUGAACUCUUAUCUGAUGUGUUCGGGCCCCGCCUCCAAAACGGACAAGUUUUUCCACGAGGUUCAGUUAAAAACAUGCAUGAAGCCAGUGGCCUCUGCCCCAGAGACCAACAUCAUUUUACCUCUCGGAGCAAAUGCAACACUCACAUGCUUAGUAAAGGCCAGGCCAGGUCCGACCAUCCGGUGGAUGUACAGUCUGAAGAUUAUAAGAGGAUUUGCUGCUACAGAGACUCACAUAGACGAGGAGACCGUCACCUCCAAGCUGGUCAUCCCCUCUCUUCACCUGGCAGACCGAGGACUCUACACCUGCAUGGCCAACAACUUCAUUGGCAACUCCUCUGUCAGCAUCGCAGUUAACAUCAGCUCCUCAAAUUCCUCCGCUCCUCUUCCUCCACCUGUUCCCAUGUUGUCGUCCGAUGAGAACGCCUACAUCGACAUCCGCAUCGCCAAACAGACGGUCUACGGUAUCACCCUGGAGUGGUACGCAGUAACAGACAACCCAGCAGAGACCUGGUUCACCAUCCACUUUGGCAAAUAUGAUUCACCCAAAAAGGAGAUGAUCUACAUUGGCCCCGGCAUCAACAGCUACUCCAUCAGCGACCUGCUUCCUGUCACCAAAUACGAGGUGUGCGUGAGCUUGAAGAACCAUCCACCCAAGGAGGGCCAGUGCAUCGUGUUUGUGACAGGAAGUGACAUCAGUGAGCUGGAGCAAAGAGAGAGGCUCAUCCACAUCAUUGUAAUCGUGUGCGCCAUGGUGCUGGCAGUGCCGGCUGGCAUGUACGCCUGCACCACGGAGGCUCGGUUCAGCUGCGUGGAUCGCUGUGUGAAUCUGUGGAAGACGCGCAGGCAGCACGGAGAGGACGUGCAGGGGACGGAGAGGCAGGGCACCUUCGAUAGCCUGCAAGCGGGCAGCGAGGAAGGCCUGUGCAGGGACUCGAAGGAAAAGCCGAAAAAGAGGCGGAAGUCUGAGGACAGGUGCAAAGGAGGAAGUGCAGCUCACCUGUACUAGCUUCAAAGUUUAAAAAUGUACAUAUAUGUGUAUUUGUAAAUAAUGAGUGUAGCCCCAGUUUGCACUUUUACAUAUGAAUCAUAGUGCCAAGCAUCUGAUUUUCAGAAAAAUAAUUACCUGUGAUCUUUAAAAAGAACCUUUUCGCUGAAGGUAUUUCAAUAUUUCAACAGCUGCACAAUUUUUAACCCAUUUCCCAAGUUGUUUACCAUCUAGGAAGCUAGACAUGACAUCUCCUUGCUCUUUUUGCAGUAGAAGAAAUGUCAACCUUUCAUUUUGUUUGAUGGAAGGUAAAGUCAAUACAGACAAAUAUAACUGAUAGUAACCAUUUUUAAUUUUCGUUCUCAUCAAGCAAGAACAUUUGUCAAUUCCAGCCACCAUCUUUGUUUGGAUUAGGAAAGAGUUCAACUGAAGAGUCUGUCAUGAUUCUGUAAAUAAUUUAAAGUACACUUUGUUAAAUGACUUUCUAGGUUUUUCAAAGAUUGCAGGGAUUCAUUUUUGGGGAAAUUUCAUGUUUAUUGUAUUGUUGUAACUUAAAUGUAGGACUAAUACGCGCAAGGAAAAAAUGGAGGUUAUUCCAAGUAUAUAGUCAUCCUGUAAAUAUAUUUUUCAAGCUGCCUUCCUUUCUUACUUUGAAGACAAUUUGUUAUUAUCUUUGUUAAUAUACAUGUACAAAAAUAAGUUUGUAAUGAAAUGCUUUUGAUGUUUGCUUGGUUUCAGCUAUUUUUCGUAAUGUUUUGAUACUAAAUGCAAAAAAAAUCCUGAACUUAAAAAUGUAAAUUAUUAAUACUUUGUAUAAAUGUUCACUGUAAACUUCACCAAACGAAACUGUAAUCGUGUGUGCUGGUUCAGGAGAUUUUAAUCCACUUUAUGUUGAAAAUGUAUUUUUUAUUGUUUUUCUUUUCACGGACUAAAGAUUUGCCGUCUAGUUAUGGAAUGACAUG